UUUACGGGCAGCUGAUCAGAAAAGUAGUCUAAAAGUGCAAUUAGGAUUUAUUUGAACUCUAACUUCUUGUUGAGAGCCACGUUAAGUGAACUUCGUGUUUUUCAACUCGUCUAAGGCAGCCCAUAAAGUUCAACAAAUUAGAGCCAUUCUCGUCUUAGAGCAGAGUUACUGACAGCCAUCUGCUUUUUCUUCUCAAACCGUUAUCUCGUUUUUUGUAGUAAUUUUUCUGUCAGCAGCAUUGCAGCCUUUUACCCCUUAUUUACUGAAUUGCAUGAUGGGCGCCUGCCUCCCCAAACUAUCCUUGUUCAGUGAACCCGUAGAGCCGACCAGACUAAUUUACAGAGCUAAAUUCCAGAGACAGCGGGAUCAAUUUGACAAUUUGGAAAAACACACACAGUGGGGAAUUGAUAUUCUAGAGAAAUACAUCAAAUUUGUAAAAGAAAGGACAGAGAUCGAAAUCAGCUAUGCAAAACAACUUAGGAAUCUUUCAAAGAAAUACCAACCUAAAAAGAACUCCAAGGAAGAGGAAGAGUACAAGUAUACAUCAUGUAAAGCUUUCCUGUCCACAUUGAAUGAAAUGAAUGAUUAUGCUGGGCAGCAUGAAGUUAUUUCAGAGAAUAUGACUUCACAGAUUACCUUGGAGUUAGCACGUUAUGUCCAAGAACUGAAACAGGAGAGGAAAUCGCAUUUCCAUGAUGGUCGCAAGGCACAGCAGCACAUUGAAACUUGUUGGAAGCACCUUGAAUCAAGUAAACGGCGAUUUGAGCGGGAUUGCAAAGAAGCCGACAGAGCGCAGCAGUAUUUUGAGAAAAUGGAUGCUGACAUUAACGUUACAAAAGCAGAUGUUGAAAAGGCACGACAGCAAGCUCAAUUAAGGCAUCAAAUGGCAGAGGAAAGCAAAGGAGACUACUCAUUGACCCUUCAGAAGUUUAAUCAUGAACAGCAAGAGCAUUAUCGGACUCAGAUACCAAACAUCUUUCAGAAAAUCCAAGAGAUGGAGGAGAGGAGGAUAGUGAGAAUAGGAGAGUCAAUGAAAACGUAUGCAGAGGUGGACCGCCAGGUGAUACCUAUCAUUGGGAAAUGUCUGGAUGGAAUAGUAAAUGCAGCCGAGUCAAUUGAUAAGAAAAAUGAUUCGCAGUUGGUAAUAGAAGCCUAUAAAUCAGGGUUUGAGCCUCCUGGAGACAUUGAAUUUGAGGAUUUCACACAGCCAAUGAAGCGCACCGUGUCCGAGACCAGCCUUUCAAAUUCCAGAGGUGAUGGUAAAUCGGAACUCAAAUUCGGUGGCAAAGCGAAGGGCAAAUUGUGGCCAUUCAUCAAAAAAAAUAAGCUUAUGUCCCUUUUAACAUCCCCCCAUCAGCCCCCUCCUCCUCCCCCUGCCUCUGCCUCACCCUCUGCUGUUCCCAACGGCCCCCAGUCUCCCAAGCAGCAAAAGGAACCCCUCUCCCACCGCUUCAACGAGUUCAUGACCUCCAAACCCAAAAUCCACUGCUUCAGGAGCCUAAAGCGCGGGCUUUCUCUCAAGCUGAUAUAUUUGAAUACGCAAGUGCGGAGUCUAAUUGAGGGAGCCGGACCAGAGGACUUCAGCAAUCUUCCACCAGAGCAGAGAAGGAAAAAACUACAGCAGAAAGUUGACGAAUUAAAUAAAGACAUUCAAAAGGAAAUGGAUCAGAGAGAUGCAAUAACAAAAAUGAAAGAUGUCUACUUAAAGAAUCCACAGAUGGGAGACCCAACCAGCUUGGACCACAAAUUAGCAGAAGUAGGACACAAUAUUGAAAAACUGAGACUCGAGAUCCAGAAAUUUGAGGCCUGGUUGGCCGAAGUGGAAGGGAGGCUACCAGCACGCAACGAACAGGUCCGACGACAGAGUGGAUUGUAUGAAACCCAGAACGCAUCGACCGUCAAUAACUGCGCACAAGACCGGGAGAGCAGCCCAGAUGGCAGUUACACAGAGGAGCAGAGUCAGGAGAAUGAAAUGAAAGUGAUGGCAACGGAUUUCGACGAUGAGUUUGAUGACGAAGAACCACUUCCUACCAUAGGGACUUGCAAAGCUCUUUAUACGUUUGAAGGUCAGAAUGAAGGAACAAUUUCGGUUGCGGAAGGAGAAACGCUGUACGUUAUAGAAGAGGACAAAGGUGAUGGGUGGACACGGAUUCGAAGAAAUGAAGAGGAGGAAGGUUAUGUUCCAACUUCCUAUGUCGAAGUCUAUUUGGACAAAAAUGCCAAAGAUUCCUAACGGAGGCGAGCUGGUCCAGAGCCUCGGGGUGGAGCGGUCACAGGAGGAGGAAGACACAAACGGCCCGCUUGUCUCCAAAGGCCGCUGAAACCCACCCAGGAAAACGGACUUCUGGGUCUGGUUUAGAGUUAGCACUUGAUCUCAAGCCGAAAUGUCACCCCCACGUUAUUCAGCUGCUUGCUCUUCCUUACGGCAUGCUAUUCGUCGCCCAAACUAACUCAUAGACCAUUCUCUUGGUUCUGUCAGGCCGGCCUCCGCCCGGGUGAGCUGUGUCGUCCCGCCCUUCCCCACACCCCUCUUCCCACAGGGUCCCCCCGUCCCAUCCCCACCAACUCACCAGUCAGCACCAGGGGUGCCUGAGUAGGUGCCAGCUGACUUUUUUAGCCUUUCCGGGGCCUUUGGCCCACCUACCAUGAAUGCCCUGAUCCAACCUCACUUCGAAAUGUGCCUUUCGGGAUAAUUCUGUAGUCAGUCUCAUGUGAAGACUACAGAAAUCUAGAAAUGGAGAGCCAGGACAUGCGUGGGCUGGACCGAACGCUCCGGUUUCUUUUUAUUUAUCUCCACAGGAAUCGACAGUCAGUACUGCCUACCCGACAAAAGAUCAUCCCCGUUCAUCGGAAUUUUUUUUGCCCUUUCUGUGGCUGGAACUCAGAUGUCUCACCAACACUGGCCUCUCUAGGUUUCUCCAGCCUGACAGCUCAUUUCUGCGCGCUUUGCUUCCUCGCCCACAGGGGCACUCGUCGGUCCGAAGCCGGCUUUUCCGUGCCCCUGAUGUCUGAUUUUGAAAUCUCGAUUCGGUCCGCAUGUCCGCCCCGCCUGUUCCCACCUUUCUGAAAGUCGAGUGACUUGACGGUCCGUCGUUGCUUCCGCCGCCUGCUGACUUACAGCUUCGGAUGUGUUCUGAGGUGUUGAGUUGCAUGUCAGAGGAAAUCGAGUGCUCUGCGUUUGCUGGGGCUCUUCAGUUAGCAUCCGCUCCCCACCAGCAUCUUUAAAGGAACAAGUGUUCUGUGGUCAUGCUGGUUUCUCUACUGAUCUCGUGACCAGGAGAGCAGAAAUAGCCACUGUGGCCUCUCUGAACUUUGUCCACAAUCACUUCAUCAUAGCUUUUUCGCGUGCAGUUCUCCCCGUGUUUAAAGCCUCGUUCUUCUCUUCGGGAUCUUCAGACCAUACGAGGGUUAGCAGCAGACAGUCUACUUCAGAGGUAUUUCAUUUUCGGUCCCAGUAGCUCUUUGGGGGCCCCGGGCCAACUGAGUGGAGGGGAGAACAGCGGGGAAGAGCAGUUCAGAGCUCUCGCCCGUUAGAAUAAGUUCAAGGACAAUGAUAUUCGCCCCAGCUUUGCUUGGGUCCAAGGUAGUCAGAACGCCUUCUCCGUAACCUGAUCAGAAGGCUCUUUCCACUCACCCUCUUCGAGGAUCGAAAAGGUUGGAGGUUAUUCUCCGUCAGAUAAGGAGUGGCUAUUGGCAAGGGAGGCUCGGAACCGAAUCAGGAGUGGUCGAUAGGGUCAUUUUAUAGGGGAAGGGAUCGAAGUAUUCAAAUCAACAGGUGAGAGGUGAUCAACAGGACUAGGGAAGAAAGGGACAUGUUAAACGAGGAGAGUUUUCUUCCCUUCCGUAUAGUCUCCCUCUUUCUGUGCACUCGCUCCCGUAGCCUCCCCUGUUCCCCCCAAGUUGGGGGUGAGGUUCGAACACCUGACAUUUCACCCCAGGCCCCCCCACCCAACCCCAAAACCACAAGACAGGAGGUGCAACAAGGCCACCGAGGCAAGAGAAAUUCAUUUCUAGAGUUGUUCAUACUGGGGUUGAGAUGGAAAAAAAAUGAGAGAGAGAGAAAAUGUAUUCAUGAUAGGAGAAGGCAGACUGGCUGACCAAAAUGACGUUGACAUUCAUCACCAGGAUCUCCAACUGCCAGACUAGACUGGCGCUCCCAGGCCCGUCCAAGCGACGACCAAAUUCUCCCAGGGGCGGGGAGGGGGGUGGGGGAGGUUGCCUCACUAUCCAUUCCACUGCCAAACAUUCUCAUCUUGUCGUUGCUGCUAACGUCUAUGUGUUCCACUUUUUAGACUCAUUCCAAAUCAGGACCAUUUUCCAAUCCUCUAAUCACACAGACUAGCCUUCGUAGAUGAGCUUUUAGGGUCUCGGAACAGGGUAAAGAAAGGUUUGCUGCCACUUUCUUAUCGCACACAACUAGAAGUGUUUUGUUUUUUGGGGUUUUGUUUUUUGGCAUACAGAAAGAUAUUUUUUAAGCUGCAGUAAUUUAUUCUUUUAAGUAUCUGAUGAAGCACUGCUGGUCCCUCACUCAGAUUCUGCGUCCCCCGCCCCACCCCUCCUCCUUCCUCUCUGCCAGCUACGGCCAAACAAAAAAUAAAAAUGUUUCGUUUUUACAGGUUUUAAUCUAGGCGGACAGUAUAUUAUUGUCGGCCUUUGUGAAAUGGUAGUUUCUGGGUUCCCACACAGCGAGGUGGAAGGAGUGUUAGCUGGGAAAUAUUGGAUCGAAGACAGUGGUGGGAGUGUUAGAGUCUUACUCGGAGAACCCGUAAACGUUGUUUAAUUAUUUGCAUCCUGAUAAAGCUGGGUAGUCAUUAAUGGCGCCACAUCAUUGUGACUUCCUUUCUUAUCCCAUCGCUUUCCUCUCCACCACUGUUGGAGUUCCUAGAGAUAGCCACCUUGGGGAUAGCCCGUCUUCUAACGCUUGAAAACGAAAAGAGGUUGCCAUCUAUUGAGAGGUAGAAUCCAGAAUUUCUCCUGGAUUUUUUUGGAGGGGAAAGUGGAAUGGCAUUGAUAACUGUGAAGGGAUUUUUCCUUGAAUGUUUUUAAAUCGUUCUCAUCUUGAAACGUAAGUUCGCUCAGUCUUUAACGUUGUAAAGCGAGACUCACCACUGUCCCCCCUUUCCCUUCCCCAACCAGGGAUCUGUAAUGCUUUUCAUUAACAUUUGUAAAUAGAGAAAAAAACAGACUCACCAAUAAUGGGAAAAGUUGUGUUAAUGCUGAGUAUUUUUCCAAAUGGUUAUUUUGGUUUUACGCUUGUUGAAUCUUCGCCUCCCAUGCUGAAAGUAUCAGUUUAAAGUAAGCCAGAUUCUAUUUUAACAUAACAAUAUCGAGUACUUUUUUUUAUUUUCAACCAUGUGUCUGUGUGUGCUGAGCACUAACUCUAGACUUUGACGGCGUUUCAAUGAUGUGACUCAUCGCCAUUGUACAAGUCCUGGUGAGCCCAUUCAUUUCUGGAGGUGGAAUUCAACCGAACCAAGUGCUUCCAUUUGAAAGUGAACAUCGACCAUGUAACCAAGUGAAAUCACUAAAUAAACAAACAAACAAAAAAAACUAA